AUGAAAACGAGAGUAUUGCUGAACGUGGGCACUUGUUUGUGUGUAUUUAUACUGAGCAAUUUCUGCUCAGGUGAGACUGCCACCUAUGGCAGAACGAAGAACGAGCGUACCAAGAGAUCACCCAUACCGUGGCUGAUUUUCCCAGCAACGUCGCCCACGCGCAUACAGUUCAUUGGCGGCAUCGGUAUACCGCUGGAGGAUCUCGACUACGAGGCCGUUACGACGGGCUAUGUGCUAAAGGCGGAGUACUGGCUGCCCGAAACGCCGGACUCGCUGCGUACGCCCACCGCCUUGCCCAUUAAUCAGGUGCCCACGCUGGGCUCGGUGGGUGCACGUCGACACCGACCCAUGCUAGAGAACUUUCUGGCCGGCGUCGAUGACCUGGGCAAGAGCACCAAGAAGCUCUUCUCCAGAACCAACAAAGUGCUCAGUAGUUAUCGCUGGACGGUAUAUAAGGGCCUGGAGGGACUGGCCAAAAAGCUGGGCUACCAGGGCCGAAUUUGCGUGCUGAAAAGCAUUUGCGAGGUGGCCGAGGAACCAUUUCACUUCAGCAAUGGACUUCUCGCAGAGCUGCUGCACAUAUUGCUAACGCCCUCGGCCUCGGUGGAUAAGUUGUCUGAGCACGCGGACAAUGAGUACUACUAUGCCGAGAAGGUGGGCCAGUCGGGCGCUGGAUGCGAUCGCGUCUUUAAGGAGUGCCAGCGCAGCUUGCUGCAGCACUUUAGCGAGCUACGUGAUAAUCUAGAUAGUUUCGUAUUUUAG